AUGGCGGAAGGUAAGCCUCCUCAGAACGUUCCCCCUGUUAUCUGGGACGUCAUUGACGAGGCCCUUGAGCACGUUGUGCGUCUCUUGGCUGCCGUCUCCUGCUGCAUGCUCUUCGUAGUCACCUCCAUACAAAUCAGUACGACCUUCUCCGAUUCGGGCGGGCAGUACCUUCCGUACACGCCUUUUGCCGAGACAAACGUGACGACAGCGACUCGAGCCGUCAACUCCGUUGCCAACGCGCUCAUCCUCAUCGCCGUCAUUGUUACUAUGACGGUACUGAUCGUGAGCCUGUACUACUUCCGUUUCUACAAGGUCAUCAAGGGCUGGAUCUUCCUCGCCUCCUGUCUGCUUCUUUACGGCUCGACGGCUGCUUUCGUUCACCAGAUCUGCUUAAUCUACAACGUUCCAAUGGAUUACAUAUCGGUCGCCCUCUUCAUCUGGAACUUUGGAACGCUCGGUAUGGUGGUGAUCCAAUCGAAAGGUCCGCUCGUCGUGCAGCAGGGCUACCUGGUCGUCGAGUCCGCCUUCAUGGCACUCGUCUUCAUCAAGUACGUGCCCGAGUGGACGCUGUGGGUGCUGCUGUGCGUCAUCCCGAUCUGGGACUUGAUCGCCGUGCUCUGCGUGGUGGGGCCCCUCAAGAUUCUCGUGGAGACCGCCAAGGAGAGGAACGAAGGGCUGCAGCCAGGGCUCAUCUUCGCUACUGUGGUGGCUGGAGGCUUCGCUGGAAUGGCAUCUCGAAAAGGGUCCGGACCGCAACGAGGCUCCAUCGACACCCCACGGGAGGAAGAACCGGAAGGUUCGCGAGACGAGCCCAGGAAGGAGGCGGUGGUGGCACCGAUGCGACGGCCAUCGGACAGACCUUUAGGACAACGGCAAGCCCAGCAGCUGCAAAAACCGGACGAACAGCGAAAGCAGCAGGAUGACAGUCUUUCGGAUAGCUUCUCCGACCCGGUGGAAGAAAAAAGCGGGGUCAAGAUGGGGCUGGGUGACUUCGUCUUCUACAGCAUCCUGGUGGGAAAGGUGGCUACGUAUGGGGACUUGAACGUGGUGGCGGCCUGCUUCAUCGCCGUAUUGGUGGGAAUAUGCGUCACGCUGUUGCUGCUGUCCAUGUUGCGGGUGGCACUUCCGGCCCUGCCUGUUUCUUUGGCACUGGGACUCCUCUUCGCGUUUCCUCAAGAACUCAUUCACGAAUUCAUGCAGCCAUUUUUGGAGCAACAAAUUCACGUUUAA